AUGGCGCAACUCGAUACCCUUGAUCUGAUCGUGCUGGUGGCGCUCUUGGUGGGCAGCGUGGCCUAUUUCACCAAGGGCACCUACUGGGCCAUCCCCAAAGACCCUUAUGCCAAUUCCCCCGCCACCUUGAACGGUGCCGCCAAGAGCGGCAAGACUCGCAAUAUUAUUGAAAAGAUGGACGAGACUGGCAAGAACUGCGUGAUUUUCUAUGGCUCACAGACUGGCACCGCCGAGGAUUACGCCUCGCGUCUGGCCAAGGAGGGCUCUCAACGGUUUGGUCUCAAGACCAUGGUCGCCGACAUUGAGGACUACGACUACGAAAAUCUGGAUCAAUUCCCCGAGGACAAGGUGGCCUUUUUCGUGCUGGCAACUUAUGGCGAGGGCGAGCCGACGGACAACGCGGUCGAGUUCUAUCAGUUCUUCACUGGAGACGAUGUCGCCUUUGAGAGUGGCGCCACCGCCGAAGACUCGCCACUUUCCUCUCUCAAGUACGUCGCAUUUGGACUCGGGAAUAACACCUACGAACACUACAACGCUAUGGUCCGUCGUAUCGACGCUGCCUUCACCAAGAUGGGCGCGCAGCGCAUCGGUACCGCCGGUGAAGGCGAUGACGGUGCGGGGACGAUGGAGGAAGAUUUCCUCGCGUGGAAGGAGCCAAUGUGGACUGCACUCUCCGAUGCGAUGGGUCUCCAGGAAAGAGAAACUUCAUACGAGCCUGUUUUCUCCGUGACUGAGAAUGAGGAUAAAUCACCCGAGGACGAGUCGGUGUAUCUCGGAGAGCCUACCUCUGCGCACCGGGCCGGCCAGCCCAAGGGACCCUACUCUGCUCACAACCCGUACAUUGCCCCAAUCGUUGAAUCUCGUGAACUGUUCACUGUCAAAGACCGCAACUGCCUGCACAUGGAAAUCAGCAUUGCUGGAAGCAAUCUCAGCUACCAGACUGGUGAUCACAUCGCCAUCUGGCCCACCAACGCGGGUGCCGAAGUUGACCGGUUCCUCCAGGUCUUCGGUCUCGAGGAAAAGCGUCACACUGUGAUUGAUAUCAAGGGAAUCGAUGUCACCGCCAAGGUCCCAAUCCCUACUCCCACCACCUACGACGCUGCGAUCCGCUACUACAUGGAAGUGUGCGCUCCAGUCUCUCGUCAAUUUGUCUCGACGCUGGCUCCAUUCGCCCCUGAUGAGGACAGCAAGGCUGAAAUCGUUCGAUUGGGUAACGACAAGGAUUAUUUCCAUGAGAAAAUUGCAAACCAGUGCUUCAACAUCGCCCAGGCACUGCAGGCCAUUAGCUCCAAGCCGUUCUCCGCCGUCCCCUUCUCCCUUCUCAUCGAGGGACUGAACAAAUUGCAACCCCGGUACUACUCUAUCUCAUCCUCGUCCGCUGUUCAGAAAGACAAGAUCAGCAUCACCGCCGUGGUUGAGUCUGUUCGCCUGCCCGGUGCCUCGCAUUUUGUCAAAGGCGUCACCACCAACUACCUCUUGGCUUUGAAGCAGAAGCAGAACGGCGAUCCUUCCCCCGACCCUCACGGUAUGACCUAUGCUAUCAAAGGCCCCCGGAACAAGUACGACGGCAUCCACGUGCCUGUUCACGUCCGCCACUCCAAUUUCAAGCUCCCCUCCGACCCCUCAAAGCCGAUCAUCAUGGUUGGUCCCGGUACUGGCGUCGCUCCAUUCCGUGGCUUCAUCCAGGAGCGUGCCUCCUUGGCCGCCAAAGGCGAGAAGGUUGGCACCACUGUCCUGUUCUUCGGGUGUCGGAAGCGUGAUGAGGAUUUCUUGUACCAGGACGAAUUUAAGACCUAUCAAGAGCAGAUGGGUGACUCGCUGAAGAUCAUCACUGCUUUCUCUCGAGAAGGACCCAACAAGGUUUACGUCCAGCACCGUCUGAAGGAGCACGCUCAGCUGGUCAGUGACCUAUUGAAGGAAAAAGCCAAUUUCUACGUCUGCGGCGAUGCUGCAAACAUGGCCCGUGAGGUGAACAUCGUCCUCGGUAGCAUUAUUGCUGAGCAACGCGGCAUGCCAUCUGAGAAGGGUGAGGAGAUGGUCAAACACAUGCGGAGCAGUGGCAGCUACCAGGAAGAUGUCUGGUCAUGA